CGCUAGCAACGGCACUAAUAUUAAUCCGAUGACGUACUGGCUCGCCCACGAUGUCAUUGAGGCCAUCAUGGCUUGGCUGAUCGAGAUGAGCUCAUUCCUCCUCGGCCUGUACAUCUGGUAUCUCAUCCUAUCCUUCCACAAGGUCGAACUGGAAUUGCUUACGCGAAAAACAAAUCUGCGGCUCGUGCAUCGGAUGUCGUUCGCUAAAAUUCAAGGACGGAAUCAGGUGCCAUACCUACUAGGUCGUUACGCCCACCUUGCCAUGCUGCUCACGAUGCUCAGGUUCGCUCUCCCCGUCUCCCUCAAUCCCUUACUUCCCAUGCUGAGCCGCAUGCAGCAGUCAUGCGAUUUAUUGUGGCAGCAGGUAACACAGCACUAUCGGCAUCAAGCUGCAACCUCGCUCUGCGCGCUGGGUAGCACAGGCGUCACGGAAAUAUGGGACCCUGACAAGAUCUUCUGCACAAUAGCACUAGCUCCACGAGCCAAAGGUGCUUUCCUAGCUUAUUUUGUGUGCACCCUGGUCUGGGAUACUUCCAUCCUGGCACUGACAGUAUUCGGGAUGCGGACAAAAAAGCUACCGCCAGAACUUCCGCUUCGAUCUGUGCUGCUUUCGCAGGGUAUCAUGUACGCAUCUAUUACGGCCCUUACCUGCAUUCCUAUGGCGAUCUCAGAACGGAUGCACUAG